AUGGUCAAGCUCUCUAUCUCCGCUGUCCUGGCGGGCCUCGUCGGCUAUGCGCUCGCCGAGUCUCACACCAUUUCUAUGACGAACAACUGUGGCUCUGGCAGGCCCGUCUUCCUCUACCAGGGUCACCCUAAUCCCCAAGGUCCUACUACUAUCAACGGACAAGUCCUCGGCGGUAUCGCUUGGUUGGACGGUUUCUCUGGCGCCAACUGCCUGAGCUCCGGCGUCAACUGCGGCGCGGUCGAGUUCACUCUCCGCAACGAUGCUCCCAACCAGAACGCGGCGGACUUCACCCUCGAAGCUGAUGCUUCCCUCGGGAACCACCGCUUCACCUAUCCCAUGAGGUACCAGUACACCGGCGGCGGAGCCUGCAAUGGCAUCAGCGACAACUGCCCGUCUGCUAACAACUGCCCGCACGCAUUCACGCAGCCGACGAACGGCACGCCGUUGCAAUGCCUAGGCCAGGACGCUGGGAUCCACAUCACCUUCUGCUAA